AUCAUCAACAGCGGCCGCACCGAGCGCCUACUCGCCUACACUCGUUGUCCGGGUCAUUAUUUUUUAGAAUUCGUACGUGCAAUUUAGAAAACAUCCAUCCGUGCGUGUAUAUUUCAUUUAAUUUUACAAAUUUUUUUUUUUUUUUCCUUCCUCCCUCGAAAAUGUGAGAGGCGCUGUUGGCGAGCUCACACAGUCCGUGCAUGUGUGUCGCUGCUGCUGCUGCUGCUUUUCUGCUACCAAACCUAGCUGCUCCUCACUCGCUGCUUUAGCCCACCUAGCGUUUAGUUACGUGAGGGGGAGAAGAAGAAGAGAAAAAAGAAGAAGAAACACGCGAAAGUAAACCGCAUCCGCGUUAUCUCUUAUCAAAAUCGUCAAGAAUCAAUCUCGCCAACCCCGUCGCUGUCGGGAAAAAGGAGGAGGCGGUUUAUGAUUUAUUAUCGUGGAAAAUACUUUGCUGGCUAGCAUCGCAGCAGGGCAGGCUAGCCAUUUGUGUGUGUGUGUGUUGUUCGUUCUGAGCGAAGGAAGGGGGAAGAAACGGGCGAGUUUUUUCUUUUUUGAAAAGUAUGGAUGAUCAGACGAGGAUGUUGACGGGGCUCGCCGGACUCGGUGGACUAGCGCAGGCCGACGUGGGGGAGCCCGACUCGGUCAGGAAGCAGCAGAGUCUCGGCCAGCCGCAGCAAGACAUUGGGGAUAUUCUACAGCAGAUCAUGGCCAUCACCGACGAGAGCCUGGACGAAGCGCAGGCCAGAUGCUGGCCAGAGGAAUCGCCGGCGCAUUGGGGUGGAUCAGACGACCCCACAGAGGGAGGGAGAGCAGGGGGGGGCAUGGCAAGGGGUGGCCUGCCACUCAACUUCCAGCACAGGAAGCAUGCCCUGAACUGUCACAGAAUGAAACCAGCCCUUUUCAGCGUUCUUUGUGAGAUAAAAGAAAAGACGGUGUUGAGUAUACGCGGCGUGCAGGAGGAAGACCCACCAGAUCCUCAGAUCAUGCGUUUGGACAACAUGCUGCUAGCAGAAGGAGUGUCAGGACCAGAGAAAGGUGGAGGAUCAGCCGCUGCUGCUGCAGCUGCAGCGGCUGCAGGCGGCUCGCCCACCGACAGCAGCAUUGAACACUCUGACUACAGAGCCAAACUCGCCCAGAUCCGUCAGAUAUAUCAUUCUGAGCUGGAGAAAUACGAGCAGGCCUGCAGUGAGUUCACCAACCAUGUAAUGAACCUGCUGAGAGAGCAGUCUCGCACACGGCCCAUCUCUCCCAAGGAGAUUGAACGCAUGGUGGCCAUAAUCCACCGCAAAUUCAGCUCCAUCCAGAUGCAGCUCAAGCAGAGCACCUGUGAGGCAGUCAUGAUUCUGCGCUCGCGCUUCCUCGAUGCCAGACGCAAGAGGCGCAAUUUCAACAAGCAAGCUACAGAAGUGCUGAAUGAGUAUUUCUACUCCCACUUGUCCAACCCUUACCCUAGUGAGGAAGCAAAAGAAGAACUGGCCAAAAAAUGUGGGAUCACUGUGUCUCAGGUCUCUAAUUGGUUUGGCAACAAGAGAAUACGCUACAAGAAGAACAUUGGUAAGUUCCAGGAGGAAGCAAAUCUCUACGCAGUUAAAACAGCGGUGGAUGCUGCCAAUGUGUCGGCGCAGGCUAGCCAGGCUAACUCACCGGCAACACCCAACUCAGGGUCCCCAGGGUCAUACAGCAUGUCUCACACAGGUGACACCUACCUUGGCCUGCGCUCCCUCAACGGCGAGGGUCUCAACACCACCCCCUCUCUACAGCCUCAGGUGGAUACCCUGCACCAUGCUACACACCUGACGGGCGGCUAUGAGGAGUUGUCAGGUAGCGGCCUCUUCACCCCUCAUCGCUUGGAUGCUAACAGCUGGCAGGAUACCACCAACCCCCCCUCGGUUCUGUCCCCUCCCGGCCCUCCUGGCAGCGUCCACUCAGACACCUCCAACUGAUGUGGAGCUUCUACCUGCCUUCACUUCUCUCCUUCGUUGGUCUGCUCAGACAGCUAUCUUCUGUUCCUAUUUUUCACUUCUUCUUUGUCAACUAGCCACACAAGGCUGCACACGCAUCUCACACACACACGCUGUGCUGGAACACAGGACAGCUGUACAUUCAUUUGGAGGAGUUUUCCCUUCAGCACCACUCCAAUGCUAAAAUCUUUGUAAGUCAGAAUGAAAGGCGGAAUGGAGCUCACAACUACUAAAACGUCAUCCUCGCUAACUAUCAAGAAUUUUUUUCUUUUUCUUCUUUUUUUUUUUUUGAAAACCACUGACCAGCUGUGUAGAUGAUCGUGAUGUUUCUGCAUCAUUUGUACAUGCACGUUAACUUUAUACAGUACUCCAACAGCCUGUUAAUGUGCUGUUGACUUCUACACUGAACUCUUUGCUUUGGGGAAACUCUGUGAUUGACUGUGUCGGUUGAAGCCUUGGCAUCUGACAGCCAAACUGUGGAUAUGGAUCACCAGGGAGCUUUGCUCACCUCGCUUGUACCAAAGUGCUGCCCCAGUGUUCCUCUGAGAUCACCCUCUGCCAAAUCAAUACAAGACACCGUUGCAUCUUCUCGUCCUCUAUAGCUUGAUGUUUUACUCCGUUCAGAUUUCAAACAGAAUAACGGAGACAUGAAGAAAAGUGCAUGCAAACACCCCUCAUAACUUUACAGCUGUUUUCAUCGAGAGCUAACAUGAAAAGGUGUGCCAAGCACAUGUGUUAGCAUCCUUGUAAUGGGUUUCUGCCAUUCGACGCUUACCGGGACAAGCGGUUCUAGGGUUGAUGAUGAAAAAAGGGCAGAGAGAAUAUCUUUGGUUUAGUGGAUGUAACUAAUAGCCCUUUUUAUUCCUAACCAAUAGAGGAUGUUGGUAGUUGGCUUGUAGACUUUACUUCUUGCUUUCUGUCCACUAGUUUGUUUGAUUGUAGCUAAUUUCUAAUGCUGUUUCACCAAGAAUGCACCAGCCACCACCAAAAAUGAGCUCAGUAAAACAUCUAAAUGACAAGAAAAGAAGGGUAGAAAGAUUAGAGGGCAUCAGUGUGUUAUUGGGACAAGCCUGACAUGAAUUUAGAAAUGUGACUGUCUUCCAUGCAUGUAGGACUUCUAGGUGUGAUAGUUUUUCAUUUAACCUUUCAAGUUUUUUGCUUCAUUCUUUUUUCUUUUUUUUUUUUAAUUCUUAUUAAACAAAAAAAAAAAUAAAGGAUAUAAUUAUUACAGUCAGACCAAAAACGAAAAAAAGUGCAUAAUGUAUUGCUAUGGCGUGUGUCUCUGUGGGAGUGUGCACAGUGUUCUUGGGGUGUCUUAGUUAAACUUGUGGGUGCCCAUGUAAACUUUGUAAACAUUAUAAAGACUGGGUGCUUCCAGCAGCCAAUGACACACAAGGUGGGAAUAAAGUGGGAUUUCCUUACCCAUCUUGGAACAUUUGAGCUUGUGAGCCUGAGGCAACACACUGCAACCUACUGUUGUACCAAAACCAAAAAUACAAAGUUCAGCAAUGUAAUAAUACUACUCUCUCUCUCUCUAAAGUUGGUGCACAGCUGUCUUAUGUCUGAAGAGAGAAGGUAAUUAUAUUUGUAUCUAUGUCUCUUUUUGUGGUGGUGUUGUGCCUCAAGUUUUGAUUUCUGGGCAUUCUGUUAUGGGAUUUCAUAAGUGGGUGGGUGGAUCGAACACAACUCUAACAACUCAUCAUGACUCUAAUUUGAUUGUGAGCAUCAAAGGAAUGCUCCCCCCUUUACCUUUCACGUCAUACCUUCUGUUUAAACAGAAAUAUUAUAUAUAUUUUUUAGUUUUAUGGCCAAUCGGGCAAGGGCUUCUCUCUCCUCUGUUACCAAAAAAAAAGAAAAAAAAAAAAAGAGGCAGCACUGGGUGUAGUUAAAACUCGUAAGACAAACCUGCAACAUUUAUGGGGAUUUUCAUUCUUUGGAACUAUUUUAUACAUUCAAUGUUAUGUGGGUAACAAAGCAUUUUGAUAGUAAGGUAAGCCUUAUUAAGAUUUCAUUUUCCUUGAAGACUUCUUUGAACCAUGUUCCGGGGCAAAACUUGAGCUUGAAAUCUGGUCAUAUGUGAGAUCCCACGUUUAAUUAUUUUGUUACUCAUUGCAGUUGAUCCGACUGUAUCUUACAAUGUUAUUGCCACACCAAAUUAUCAUGCCCGCCCUCUUUUUCUACCUGUUGUAAUGGAUGUCACUGUACAGUUUGUGUAAUGUUUCAGUAUUUUUAUUUCUUGUUUUUCCUUUUAUAAACUUAUUUGGUUGAGAUGCCGGUUUUAUGUUGGCCUUAUCUCGCCAGAUUCACAAUAAUCAGUUUGAAUUAUUUAGGUCUUUUUGUUACAUAACCAGGUUGCAAUGUAGUGUUUACGGAUGUACCAUUUGGUGCUGUGGAAACAGUGACUGAGCAUUUCCUGUGAAUUUGAAGUAUUUCAAACUUUACUCAGUAACGGUAACCUGGCUCUUUCCUCAAACCUGCACUCUAUUUCUGUGAUCAUUUACUAUUCAUUACUAUUGACAUUCAACUUAAAUCAGAAUAGCAUAUCUGCCUAAAUGUCAGUGUAACUUGAUUUUUACAGUCAAAUUACUUUUGAGUAUGUGGAUUCUGCAAGUGACAUGGUUUCACAGCACCAAAUGGCUUUGUAAACAUUUUUGAUUUCUUUGUUUUUAUUAGUAUUUGUAUUCCCCCUUUCUUUCCCUUGUAUUUACCCCUCUCUACCUCUGUCUUUCCAUUUCUCUUGUAUAUAACCCAACUGUUUUCAGACUUGUGAGUCUGUAUGAACUCCUUUUAUACCUCAACUUUAGAAUUGUUCUAGAAAGAGUAAAACAAAAAGGAAGAAUAUGACAAAUUGUAGUGUUCUUAUUAGAAAAAUCAAUAAAAAAAAUAUUUAGUGUGAUUUUUCAGUAUUUGAUUUCAGAUUUUAGUAGUGUUUCAUUUUAUAAUUUGUCUCAAAUGUAAUAAAAGAGAUUGCACCACCUAAGGAUUAGCGUGAAUCUGUUAGCUGCACAAAGACGAAUAUAAUAAUUUGCCUUGGACGUGAACACUAAUGCUGAUAGAAAUCAGAUUUUUUAUUUUGGUUACAAAAAGCAAACUUUACAGACAUGUAAGCAGAAAACUGAAAUGUACACGUUUUCUUAGAUGACAGUUUUUUUUUCUUCUUUCUUCCCUCCCCCAUUAUACCCCAGACACAGUCCAUCUGUCAUUUUUUCUGUUGGUGUCUGGAGAUUUCCAUAAGGCAUGAUCUUCCAACUUCUGUACACAGCCAAGCGUGUGCUGCAGACAAAAUUAAAAGAAAAGAAAAAAGA